GGUGGACUCUUCGAAAAAUCAUCCACACUGUCCGUUUUUCCCCCUUUUUUCGGUCCGCCGUCUCUCAUGCCCAUCGUUUGGUCAACUUGUCCGAUUGGUCGCGUACAAUUUAACGUUAUUUUUCCCAAACUCGAUGAUGCCGCUCCAUGUGAGAACACCCAUGAGACCUCACACUCGCCUCUUGUGCUGUAUAUACUACCUUGUGUACAGUACAACAGCUCCUCUCUAUCGCGUGGACUACGGGCCAUCCAGUACACCGGGAAGACUGGCAUUUAGAGCCGGAGUGUCUGAUCGUCCAGAACUUCUUUCGCUCCCUCCUCAAACCCAUCCCCGUUGGGCAACAUAACUUGGCUGUGAAGGAAUAAAAAAAAAAACGAAAUACCCAACAUCAUCGUCGUCCACCGAUCCCGGAAACUUUUGUAACGGAUUCCCCAUCGCAGCAUCAUCGUCCAUCGCAUUUAAAGUGUCCGCGUAAAACAUAUUUGAGAACACAUCCUUUUUUUCUUUUCUCGUUAUUUAAAACGUUGGUGCCGUUUAAAAGUAAAAAAAAAAAUAAAUUGCAGAAAAAACUUCAGCUAAGAGAAAUGUCUGUGACGCUGAUCCUCAUUUAUAUUGUAGCAGCAUUUGUACUCUGUCUGUUCUUCCGUAAUAAUCUCCUGCAUGCUAUUAUUAAAUACAAACACUUAGAAUCAUCCCAAGUAACCAGUGAUAAGGAUGUCUACAACAUUCCAGGACCAACGAGAUUUCCAAUAGUGGGUACAAAAUGGAUUUACUUUUGGAACUACAAACUAAACCAAUUGCACAGUGUCUACAAGGAUCUCAAUCGUCGAUUUGGACGUAUUGUUCUUGAAGUGGGAGACGGAACUCCCGUUGUGCACCUCUUUGCGAAGCAGGACAUUGAGAAAGUCCUCAAAUAUCCCAGCAAAUACCCCUUCCGGCCGCCAUCGGAAAUUUUUGUCUACCACCGGAGGGCACGGAAGGAUCGCUACUCAUCCUGUGGCAUCGUCAAUGAGCAGGGUGAAACAUGGCAUAAAUUGCGGUACGGCCUAACGCCCAAUUUGACCUCCCCGCGAAUCCUCAUUGGCUUCCUACCGAUCCUGAAUGAGAUAUGCGAUGACUUUAUCGAGCUGAUCAAGCUCAAACGCAAUGAAGACAACGUCGUGAUUAAUUUUCAGGAAUUGGUUAAUGCAUUGGGUCUCGAGGCUCUCUGUGCUCUCCUUCUGGGACGCCGGAUGGGCUUCCUGGCGGAGAAUCCCUCGGAGCAGGUGAAGAAUCUUGCGAGUGCCGUCAAGACACUCUUCAUUACGCAGAGAGAUUCAUUUUUUGGCACUGGCCUGUGGAAGUAUCUCCCCACGAAGACUUGGAGGGAUUUCGUGAAGAGUGAAGAUACCAUCUACGAAACAAUUUCCUCAAUAGUGGACAAGGCAUUGGACGAUGAGAAGCGCGAAUACAAUGAUUUGGAUGUGAGGAAUAUCUUCUACAGCAUCCUCUCGACGCCAGAGCUUGAUGUGAAAGACAAAAAAUCCGGCAUUAUUGACCUCAUGACGGCUGGAGUGGAGACACUCGCACACACCCUAGCCUUCCUGCUGCAGCAUCUCUCACAGAAUUCAGCGAGUCAACUCCAGAUUGCCGAUGAAUUCCGCAAUUGCCCCCCAAUACUCUCUAUGGACCAUCUUGCUGAGGCAAUGUACACAAAGGCCUGCAUCCAGGAGUCCUAUCGACUCUCACCCACCACAUUUGCAAUUGCACGAGUUAUUGAGGAUGCCAGCAUCAACCUUUCGGGGUAUAAUUUGCGCGCGGGAACCUUCGUUCUGUGCCACACCAUGAUUGCCUGCCACUCCGAGGAGAACUUCAAAUUCGCCAAUCACUUCCUACCCGAAAGGUGGAUUACAGCCGGGAAGGAUAAUUCACGCUUCAACCUGAGACACUCACCCAAUCUUGUGCUACCUUUUGGGAUUGGACGAAGAUCAUGUCCGGGAAAACGUUUUGUCGACAUGGAGCUUACGCUGCUUAUUGCAAAGCUCAUGAGAUCCUUCCAAGUGGAAUACUGCAGUGAAUUUGAUGCCACAUUUGAAUUUCUCCUUGCACCAAAGACUCCUGUCAAUAUUCGUUUCUGCGAUAGACGUUAAAAGUUCUGUGCUAUACACCUGCAAUAAUCAUAUUUCAUACUCAAGCAAAAGAACAACAACAACAUUAAAAAAAACUGUAUAAAGAGUGAAAGAGAAAAAUGUCAAUAUUUUGUAGUGAUUUAAUGCAUUUUUUAAAAUAUAUAUUUUAUAGUAAAUUUAA